AAAUGAAAGCGACAAAAGGAAAUGUGAAAAAUUUCCAUUGGCCCGAGCCGAAGCGACGCUCAGCAUCAGCAUCAAACGAAGCAUCCUUCCACGUCAAUUGUCAAUUAAAUGGCAAAGCCACGCAGAAAACGCUUCCGUUUGAGGUGCAACCAGAAAGCAGUGAAAGCUCCGGUGGUGCACUAUAAUGGCUGCAGUAGCUAAUCGUGCCACAAGCAACAACAACAGCAACAGCAGUAGCAGCAGCAGCAGCAACAACAGCAACAAGAGUAACAGAAGCACUAGCAACAUGUCUAAACGCUACUUAGGCAUACUCUUCUUCUGCUGCUUUCUGUUCAUUUGGCGAACAAUCACAGAUGAGCCACCGCCAGCUGCAACAGCAACAUCCCAGCAGCAACAGCCGCAACUGCAAUCGAGUGCCAAUGGCAGUAAACCAAACCAAAUAAUACACGACCCUAGUCGCACUCAGCCACUUAAUAGCAACCUUAGUAGUUAUUCGAAUUAUUAUUAUUAUAGCCCUAGCCUAUUUAGUCUAGAUAAUGCGGCGACGCCCGUACCAUCGCCCACAGCAGCUACAUCAUUCCAGCCGUCGCAUCUGCCUUCGGAUGCCAGCCAGCUGAUCGAUCUGCAUCACUUUGGCUAUCUGAUGGAGCAGCCUGCGUGUGAGCCGCACAUCCUGGCUCUGAUCUUGGUUCAUACGGCGCCGCGAAAUGCCGAGAAACGUUUGCUCAUACGCCAAACGUGGGGCGGAUUGGCCACAAUAGCAACGCCGUCACCGUCGGCGUCAACGUCAACAUCGACGCCAUCGCCACUGCGCGUUGUCUUCCUAUUGGGAGCCGUGCCCCCAACGGAGCCACAACUGCAACACUCACUGGAGCAGGAGAAUGCUCGAUUCGGGGAUAUGGUGCAGGGCAACUUCCAGGAUGCCUACCGCAACAUGACCUACAAACAUGUGAUGGCACUUAAGUGGUUCAGCAGCCACUGCUCGCACGCUCAGCUGCUCAUCAAGGUGGACGACGAUGUCUAUGUGAAUACACCGCAAUUGCACAAGCUGCUGCGUGAGCAGCAACAGCAACAGCAACCGCAGCCGUUGCARCUGCAACUGCAACUGCAACAGCAAACGCCCCAGCCCAACAUGAAUCGAACGCAGUCGCUGCGCUCAUUGCUGCAGCAACCGCACGAGCUGCUCUUCUGCAAGCCUGUGCUCAAGUCGCGUGUGAAGCGCUCCUAUAGGUCAAAGUGGCGCGUCAGUUUUCGCGAAUAUCCCGCCCAUUAUUAUCCGCCGUACUGUCCGGGCUUUGCGAUCGUCUAUUCGCCGGAUGUGGUGCAGCGUCUGUACCAGGCGGCGCAGCACAGCGACUACUUCUGGGUAGAUGAUGUGCAUAUCACUGGUGUCCUGGCACAGCGUACAAAUACAACGAUAACCACACUGCAGCCGUAUGUGCUCUAUGAGACGGACUGUGAGCGUUUGCUGAGCGGCGAGAGUGAUUUGAGGCAGCUGGAGUUUCUGUUCACGUGGCACAGCAUCUCGCCGGAGCAGGUGAACAGCUUGUGGCAGUUGCAUGUGGCACAGAACUAUACAACUGUGCAAUUGGAGGCAGAUGUCGGCCCGGAGACGGGCCUCAGCUAGCUUUAAAUAUAUAUUGGGAAUUUGUUUUGGCUGUUUUUAAUUCUCUUUACAUUGUAUUCAGGGUUCGUCUCUCUUUCUCUCUAGAUAUUUAAUUAAGCUGUUAAUCUAGACUCUAGUGUUUAGUUUAUUAGUUAUUUAACUUAGUUAGCAUUUGAUAGUUGAAGAUGAUUAGAAGGGGGAGGAGGAUGAUGAUGAAGAAGAAGUUGAUAAACAUUGCAAGUCAAGUGAACCACCAACCACCUGCCUACAAUCAUUCGUAUAUAUCAUAUUUGAUAGCAUAUAUAACUGAAGCAUAACGAUAAGUCAUUUAUAGAAAACAAAAGCCUCUCUGGGUGAUAAAUACAAACAACACACACAUACAUACAUACAAACA